AUGGCGCUCUACGGAAGCUCACGCAAUGUCGACAUGGGCAAGUACGUACUACAAGAAUCUGAGUUGGCCGUCAGCGUUCGCAAAGCGACAAGUAUCGAUGAGGUCUCACCCAAACGGAAGCACGUGCGAGCAUGCAUUGUCUACACCUGGGACCACAAGAGCUCGGCUUCUUUCUGGCAAGGCAUGAAAGUGCAGCCAAUUCUCGCCGACGAGGUACAGACGUUCAAGGCGCUCAUCACCAUCCACAAAGUCCUUCAGGAGGGUCAUCCCAUCGUGCUCAAGGAAGCGCAGUCGCAUACUGGCUGGCUCGAGAGUUUGUCGCGAGGCUCUACUGUUGGUGAGGGCAUGCGAGGAUAUGCGCCGCUCAUCUCAGAAUACAUUUACUAUCUCCUGGCCAAGCUUGCGUUCCACAGGCAACAUCCAGAAUUCAAUGGAACUUUUGAGUACGAGGAGUACAUCAGUUUGAAAUCCAUCAACGACCCUAACGAAGGCUAUGAGACCAUCUCCGACCUUAUGACCCUUCAGGAUCAAAUUGACGCCUUCCAAAAACUCAUCUUUUCCCACUUCCGAAGUGGGACGAACAAUGAGUGUAGGAUCGCUGCGCUGGUGCCAUUAGUCCAGGAGAGCUAUGGUAUUUAUAAGUUCAUUACCAGCAUGCUCCGUGCAAUGCAUACCACUCUCGGUGAUGAUGAGGCGCUCUCUCCCUUACGUGGCCGAUACGAUGCGCAGCAUUACCGUCUCGUCAAGUUCUACUACGAAUGCUCCAACCUCCGAUACUUGACGAGUCUCAUCACAGUACCGAAACUGCCCCAAGAGCCGCCGAACCUUCUAUCCGAAGACGAAAACGCACCUGCUUUGCCUGCGAGACCUAAAAAUGAAAAGCCUGCCGAGUCUGAACCUCGUGUGCCUUCGGUCGACCCUGAGCCUAUCAACGAGUUCUGGAAGGACAACCAGAGGAGGCAGCAAGAGGAAUAUGAGGCAGAACAGCAGAGGCUACAGAAACAAUGGGAAGAGGCACAACAACAACAGCAACAGAUGCAGCUGCAAGCCCAGCGCGAAUUUGAGGAGCAGCAAAGGCUUCAGGCUGAACAAGCUCGUUUGGCGCAAGAACAGCUUAUGCGCGAGCAGUAUCAGCAACAGACACAGGGUCGCCUUGCUGAGCUGGAGCGUGAGAAUCUGAAUGCGCGCGCCCAGUACGAACGCGAUCAGCUCAUGUUGCAACAAUACGAUCAACGAAUGAAGGCUCUUGAAGGGGAAAUCAGCCAGAUGAAUCAGAAUUUCCAGCAACAAAUGGGUUCGCGAGACGACCAGAUACGAGCGCUCCAGGAACAGCUCAACACCUGGCGGUCGAAAUACGAGUCACUAGCCAAGCUCUAUUCGCAGCUGCGAACUGAGCACCUCCAAUUGCUACAGAAGUUCAAGUCAGUCCAACUCAAGGCCAACUCAGCCCAGGAAGCCAUCGACGCAAGGGACAAACUGCAACGAGAGCUUAAGACCAAGAAUUUGGAGCUUGCCGACAUGAUUCGUGAGCGUGACCGUGCGCUCAUGGAUAAGGAUCGCCACACGGGAGGCCAUCGCGAGGAGAUUGAGAAACUCAAGCGCGAGCUCCGCUCUGCUUUGGACCGCGCGGACAACGCUGAGCGUGGCAAGGGUUCAGAACUGUCUGCAAUGCUUUCAAGACAUAACCGCGAGAUCGCAGACUUGGAAGAAGCUCUACGGAACAAGACUCGCGCAUUGGAUGAAGUCCAGAUGAAGUACCGCGAGGGUGACUCUGAUCUGGAACGUCAAUUGCGCGAGAAGGAGGAAGAGCUUGAGAUCUUCCGCGCCGGCAUGGACCAAACCCUACUGGAGUUGAACGAGCUGAAGCUUAACUCUAGCACGAAUGACAACGUCCUGGACGGUCAUCUGGAUACUCUUAUCCAAGACAGCCUCCAAAAGAUCAACGACAUUAUCGACUCUGUCCUACAAAGUGGUGUACAGCGGGUUGAUGAUGCUCUGUACGAGUUGGACUCUCCCAUGCAGGCUGGUAAUCAGAAUGCCACUGGUUCCUACGUUCUCUCACAAAUCGAGAAAGCAUCAACAUGCACAAUGGAGUUUUCGACAGCAUUCAACAACUUCAUCGCUGAUGGACCGAACGCCAAGCACGCCGAGGUUAUCAACGCUGUCAACAACUAUGGUGGUUCUAUUGUCGAUGUACUGGUGAACACCAAGGGAUUGACCCGCUUUGCUUCCGACGAAAACAAGGCUGAUCAACUUAUCAACGCAGCACGAGCCUCUGCAACUUCGACUAUUAGGUUCUUCCGUAAUGUUCAAUCAGUACGCCUAUAUGAUUUGGACGCCGAACAGAAGAUCAAUGUCGUCAUCAACAAUAGCACGGAGGUGGUGCGCAACUUACAGAGUCUGUCUAAGCUUGCAGAUGCUUUUGCGCCUAAGAGCAAGAUCACCAACGCUUCAGGCGAUCUUGGCGACUUGGUCGAUAGCGAGCUGACCAAGGCUGCUAACGCCAUCGAUGCAGCCACUGAGCGUCUGGCUAAGUUGAUGAAGAAGCCCAGAGACUCAUAUUCGACAUAUGAGCUCAAGAUCCAUGAUUCUAUUCUCGAAGCCGCCAUUGCGGUCACAAAUGCCAUUGCGCAGCUCAUCAAAGCCGCAACUGCAUCUCAGCAAGAAAUUGUGCGCGAAGGCCGUGGCAGCAUGUCCAAGACACAAUUCUACAAGAAGCACAACCGCUGGACCGAAGGUCUCAUCAGCGCCGCCAAAGCCGUUGCCAACUCAACGAACAUGCUUAUCGAAACCGCCGACGGCGUCAUCUCCGGCCGCAACUCUCCCGAGCAACUUAUCGUCGCUUCCAACGACGUCGCUGCUUCCACUGCCCAGUUGGUGGCUGCCAGUCGUGUCAAGGCUAGCUUCAUGAGCAAGACGCAAGACAAGCUCGAGAGCGCGUCCAAGACUGUCACCGCCGCUUGCAGGUCGCUUGUUAGGCAGGUGCAGGAGAUUAUUGCCCAGAAGAACAGGGAUGAAGGCGAGGUUGUGGAUUACAGCAAGUUGGGUGAUCACGAAUUCAAAGUCAGGCAGAUGGAGCAGCAGGUUGAGAUUCUUCAGCUUGAAAAUGCGCUUGCGCAGGCUAGGACGAGGCUGGGCGAGAUGCGUAAGCUUUCUUACUUGGAGGAGUAAGGCUGGGUUUCUGUGGCCUAGCAUUCGCAUAAAUGGGAGGGGGUUAUUGUUCGUUUACAUAUUUAGUUUAGUGGAUGAUGUUCGAGGCCAGCUGCUGAAUUGUGUUCUUCGAAAUCAUCUGUAAUUCCAAAAGGAUGGUUCAGUUGGGUCAUAAUUGGGAAAGAAAUACUACGUUUCAUUUUGUCCUUUU